UCCUACUUCGGAACUCAUCGAUCAGAGUCAGGGUCUCCAAUGGCGUCUGUAUGCUUGGCUUCGGACCUGGCCCAACUCCUGGGCCCAAACGGCACCGCCGCCGCAGACUUCAUCUGCAGCAAGUUCGUCGACACUUCCUACGCCAUCGACACGACCUACCUCCUCUUCUCCGCCUACCUCGUCUUCUCCAUGCAGCUCGGCUUCGCCAUGCUCUGCGCCGGCUCCGUCCGCGCCAAGAACACCAUGAACAUCAUGCUCACCAACGUCCUCGACGCCGCCGCCGGUGGCCUCUUCUACUACCUCUUCGGCUUCGCCUUCGCCUUCGGCGGUCCCUCCAACGGCUUCAUCGGCCGCCACUUCUUCGGCCUCAAAGAAGUCCCCAACUCCUCCUUCGACUACAGCCACUUCCUCUACCAAUGGGCCUUCGCCAUCGCCGCCGCCGGCAUCACCUCCGGCUCCAUCGCCGAGCGCACUCAGUUCGUCGCUUACUUAAUCUACUCCUCCUUCCUCACCGGCUUCGUCUACCCCGUCGUCUCCCACUGGUUCUGGUCCCCCGACGGCUGGGCCAGCGCCUUCAACUCCGGCAACCUUCUGUUCGGCUCCGGCGUCAUCGACUUCGCCGGCUCCGGCGUCGUCCACAUGGUCGGAGGCAUCGCCGGACUUUGGGGAGCUUUUAUCGAAGGCCCGAGGAUCGGCCGGUUCGACCAUUCCGGCCGCUCAGUCGUGCUCCGCGGCCACAGCGCCACCCUUGUCGUCCUCGGAACCUUUCUCCUCUGGUUCGGCUGGUACGGCUUCAACCCCGGCUCGUUCAACAAGAUUCUAGUCUCCUACGGCGGCUCUUACUACGGCCAGUGGUCCGCCGUCGGAAGAACCGCCGUCACCACCACCCUCGCCGGAUGUACCGCCGCGCUGACGACUCUCUUCGGAAAACGCAUCCUCUCCGGCCACUGGAACGUCACCGACGUCUGCAACGGGCUGCUCGGGGGCUUCGCCGCCAUCACCGCCGGCUGCUCCGUCGUAGAGCCCUGGGCCGCGAUCAUCUGCGGCUUCGUCGCCGCCGUGGUCCUCGUCUCCUGCAACAAGCUCGCGGAGAAGCUCAAGUACGACGAUCCUCUGGAGGCGGCGCAGCUCCACGGCGGGUGCGGCGCGUGGGGGAUCAUAUUCACCGCGCUUUUCGCGAGCGAGAAAUACGUGGGGGAAAUAUACGGGUCGGGCCGGCCGUAUGGGCUGUUCAUGGGGGGCGGAGGGAGGCUGUUGGGGGCCCAUUUGGUGCAGAUAGUGGUGAUAAUCGGGUGGGUCAGCGCCACCAUGGGUCCUCUGUUCUUCAUUCUCCACAAGCUGAAGCUGCUGAGGAUUUCGGAGGAGGAUGAGUUGGCGGGUAUGGAUAUGACCCGGCACGGCGGGUUUGCUUACGUCUACCAUGACGAAGACGACUCACCGAAACCGGCUGGGAUUCAACUCAGAAGAGUAGAGCCGAGUUCUUCUACACCCACUUCCGUUUGAUUUUUCUUCAAUUUUUAAUUAUGGGUUUUUGUUUUUGAAUAUUAGAUGUUUGACUGUCUAAUAUGAAUUUGUGUAAGAUAAUGGAGAAUGUAAUUUGUGGUUAAUUUGUGCAUGUUUGAAGAAUGGAAGAUAAGGAACUACUUGACUAAUGGUUCGCCACCCUGCUUUCUUUGAUUCAAAUUGCUAAAUGGUUUGGCGAACCGGGUCCGAUUUCAAGCUGGUCGAUGUCUGGUUUGAUGUACCGAGAUAUAGAAAUAGACCAAUUGCGUAUGAUGGUAAAUCGGAGUUGAUUUCAAGAUCUUUGCUAUGAUGAUGUAUCGAAAUAUUGAAAUUAGUUUGAUUUCAAUUUAGUCUACAUUCAAGAAGUUUCAAGUGGUU